AUGAAAAGGAUAAUAACAAUAAUAAAUUAUUUAUUUUUAAUUUUAUUAUUAUUAUUAUUAUCAUUCAUAAAUUUAACAUUUUCAUUUAAUAUUGUAAAUAUAGAAGAUUUUAAAAUUGUAAAUAAUAAUGAAAAUUUAAAUUAUAUAUUCCCAAAACCAAAAUUUGUAACAUUUCAAGCAUCAAGAGGUGAUCCAAAGAAUAUAAACGAAUUUGAUGCAAAAAGACCUUUUAUAGAAUUAACAAACGAAACGAAAAUUAAAUUUCAAAAUGAUGAAAAAUCAUCAUCAUCAUCACAAAAUAAAAAACAUUGGAAUGAAAAUGAUAUAGAACAUAUUAAAAAAUAUUAUCAAUAUUUAUUUAAAGUUUAUCCAAUUAGAGAACAAUCAAAUAUAUUUAAAGAUAUAAUAAUUAAUAAUAAAAAUAACUAUGAGAAUACCACUGGUACGACCUACACAAUUGAAAUCAUUAAAACUCCAACUCUAUCUGAAAAAGAUUAUAAAUCAACACACAAAAAUACAAUCCCAUUUGGGUCAAAUGAAAACUACGAACUCCUAUCAUCACAAUAUGGUAUUACAAUUUAUGUAAAUUCAAAAUUUGGUGUUUUACAUGCACUAAAAUCAUUAUUUCAAUCUGGUAAUUUAGUUUUAUCAAAUAAUAAUAAUAAUAAUAAUAAUAAUAAUAAUAAUAAUAAUAAUAAUAAUAAUAAUAAAAGAAUUAAGAAAUUAUAUUUUUAUAAUUAUCCAUUUUCAAUUGUUGAUAAACCAAGAUUAAAUUAUCGUGGUCUUUUAAUUGAUACUGGUAGACAUUAUCUAAGUGUAGAAUAUAUUAAGGAAAUCAUUACAUCAAUGUCAUUAUUAAAAAUGAAUGCUUUACAUUGGCAUAUAACUGAUGAUCAAUCAUUCCCAUUAGAAAUACCUGAAUAUCCAUUACUUUAUAGAAAAGGUUCAAAUCAUUUAGGUUAUAUACAUAAUUUUAUUUCAACAACAACAACAAGCAAUAAUAAUAAAACAAAUGAAGAAGAACAAAAAAAACAAAAACAACAUUUAAAUUAUUAUAAAUUAAGAGACAUUAAAGAGAUUAUUAAACAUGGUGAAUUUAUGGGUGUUAGAAUUAUACCAGAGAUUGAUUUACCAGGUCAUACAUUAUCAUGGGGUAAAGCAUAUCCGGAAUUGGUUUGUUCAUGUCCAAAUUAUUUAGAAAAGAGAAGAAAUCCAAUAAAUGGUGAAUAUACAUUCUCUGCACCAUUAGAUCCAUCAAAUGAUUUAGUUUACACUAUGAUUGAAUCAAUUUUAAAAACUGUUAAAUCAGUAUUCACUGAUCCAUACCUACAUUUAGGAUUUGAUGAAAUUCCAUUUGAUUGUUGGAUUGAAAAUUCAGAAUUAGUAACUAAAAUGUUUCAAAAAUAUAAUUUAUCAUCACCUUCAAAAUAUUUAUCUUUUUUUUUAAAAAAAGUUAAUCAAAUUUUAUCAAAUUUAAAAACAAAUAAUAAUGAUAAUUCAAUAUUAAUGUGGGAAGAUAUUAUACCAAUGUUAGAUUCAAUUGAUCAAGAUGAAUAUUUAUUAAAUAAUGAUGAUGAUGAUAAACGAGAUAUAAUAUUUCAAUUAUGGAAAGGUAGAGAUGAAUAUGAUAGAUUCUUAUUAAAAAAUAAGAAACCAUUUAUUUAUAGUUUUGGUAAUUAUUUAGAUCCAUCAUAUCAAUCAUGUAAUACAUUCUCUGAAUGUUUAUUUAAACAACAAGAAUUAAUUGAAGAAUUUGAAAAGAGUAAAUUAUUAAUUGGUAUGGAAGCUUGUGCUUGGGAGAUGAUACCAUAUGGUGAUAUUAAAUCAAUUGAAAAAGAUGGUAUCUCAAAACAUGAUAGAGGUUAUCCCGAUAGAGUUUGGUCAAGAUUAUUAGGUAUCGCUGAGAAAAUGUGGUUUAAACCAAUCUUUUCUUUCAAUGAAACUGAAAAUAAACAAUUAACCCAAUCAAUUAAAGAUCAAAUUAAAGAAAACUCAAUUACACGUGCAAAAUAUUUUAUUAAAAUUUUAGAUUUAAUCAUUCAAAAUCAAAAUUUAAUUGAUUCUUCAAAAUUAAAUAAAAUUAUUUAA